UAUUCCGAGGGGCGGAGUUCUGGCAGUUGAGAGCCUCCAGGAAGGGGAAACCCGCGUGGUCAGAUCCUCGGGCAAAGGGGAGGCUGGUGCCUGGAGCGGACAAAGCGAUGAAAGGCAGGAAAAAACCAUUAUAUGGAUCCCUUUGUGGUGUCUUUGUAAACAAGCAAGUACAAAGUGGGAAAAGAGACAUCUGGGAAUAGAAGUGACUUAAAAGGCAGAAGGAAAAUCAAUGAAAGAGGAAAUCCUGUACUUUGCAGGGCACUGUUAUUGAUGAACUCUGGAUCCCCUAGGAAGAUCACUAAGAGAAAAGAAAGGGAAAAUGUCCAGUGUGGGCAAAAAUAUUAAAAAGUAAGCCAAAGUAAAAUUGCGGCACCUACAGAGGGGAAAAACUAUAUCAAUGCAUGGAAUGUGAAAAGUGUUUCAGACUCUCACCAGCUUACUUCACAUGAAAGAACCCAUAUAGAACAGAAAGCAUAUGAGUACCUGGAAUGUGGAAAGAGGUUCAGCAUGACCUCUCACCUUACUUUACAUCAAAGAACGCAGACGGGGAGAAAUGAUAUGAAUGCAUGAGUGUGGAAGAAGCUCCAGUCAGAAGGGCCACCUUACUCAACAUAAAUGUGUGCAUGCAGAGGAGAAACUGCAUGAAUACAUGUAGUGUGGAAAGUCCGUCCGUAUAAGAACUCAGCUUACUUUAUAUCAAUGAACCCAUACAGGGAAGAAAACGUAUAUAUCUACUGAAUGCAGAAAGAGCGUCAGUAUGAGAAAUAAGCUUACUUUACAUCAAAGAAUCCACACAGGAGAAAAACCCUAUAAAUGUGCAGAGUGUGGAAUAAGUUUCACUCAGAGGCAUCACCUUACUUCACAUCACAGAACCCACACAGGGGAGAAGCCAUAUAAGUGUCUGGAGUGUGGAAAGAGUUUCAGUUGUAGUCAAAGCCUAGCUUCCCAUCAAAGAACCCACACAGGGGAGAAACCAUAUAAGUGUCUGGAAUGUGGAAAGAGUUUCAGUCAGAGUAGUAGCCUUUCUUUACAUCAAAGAAUCCACACAGGAGAGAAACCGUAUAAAUGCACAGAGUGUGGAAAUAGUUUCAGUCAGAGCCAAAGCCUUACUUCGCAUCACAGAACCCACACAGGGAAGAAGCCAUAUAAGUGUCUGGAGUGUGGAAAGAGUUUCAGUUGUAGAAAAAGCCUAGCUUCCCAUCAAAGAACCCACACAGGGGAGAAACCAUAUAAGUGUCUGGAAUGUGGAAAGAGUUUCAGUCAGAGUAGAAGCUUUUCUUUACAUCAAAGAACCCACACAGGAGAGAAACCAUAUAAAUGCAUAGAGUGUGGAAAAUGUUUCAGUCAGAGCUCACACCUUUCUUCACAUCACAGAACCCACACAGGGGAGAAGCCAUAUAAGUGUCUGGAGUGUGGAAAGUGUUUCAGUUGUAGUCAAAACCUUACUUUACAUCAAAGAAUCCACACAGGAGAAAAACCCUAUAAAUGUGCAGAGUGUGAAAAGUGUUUCAGUUGUAGUCGAAACCUUACUUCACAUCAAAGAACCCACACAGGAGAGAAACCAUAUGAAUGUAUGGAAUGUAGAAAGAGGUUCAGUGAUAGUAGAAACCUUUCCUCCCAUCAAAGAACCCACACAGGAGAGAAACCAUAUAAAUGCAUAGAGUGUGGGAAAAGUUUCAGUUGGAGCCAAAGCCUUACUUCGCAUCACAGAACCCACACUGGGGAGAAGUCAUAUAAGUGAAGUGUGGAAAGAGUUUCAGUCGUAGUCAAAGGCUAGCUCCCCAUCAUAGAACCCAUACGAGGGAGAACCCACAGAGGGGCGAAGCCAUAAAAAUGUCUUGAAUGUGGAAAGGUUCAGUGCGAGCUCUUACCUUAAUUUGAACCACCAGUAUCGUCUUACUGCACAGCAAAGAACCCACACAGGGAAGAAAGCAACAAUGCAUGGAGUGUGUAACGAACUUCAGUCAUAGUAAAAGCAAAUGAAGUGGCUGCAUCAUGGCCCUGCUUUCAGACUAUGGCCUUGCAACAUUUUAUCUGCUCCUAGAAACGGUUGACAUGGAUGAUUUUGAACCCAACUUCCAGAGUAUUGAUUUCAGCAACAAGGAAACCAAAUUGAGAAUCAGCUAAUGUCUGGGAUAGGUGUGAUAGCUUUCCCUAGUUCUCCAUUAAUCCCUUGUACCCACUGCCAACUGAUUAAAUUCUCACCAAGACACUUACUGUCAUGCCAUGCUCCUCCUCUCACACUCUGAGGGAUCUUCUCUCUCCUCCAACAUAAACAGUAAGCAUGGUUCAUUCUUGAUUGGCCUGUUUGUCCUUCGUAACAAAAUGAAGAAGGAUGUUGCUGUCCGAUAUUAGCUUAUACAAUUUGGGCAGAUGGACAGUGAAAAAAGCGGGUAAGAGAAAAAUCAACGCAUUUGAAAGGUGGUGUUGGAGGAGAGCUUUGCGCAUACCUUGGACACACCCGGGGAGAAACCAUUUAAAAGCAUGGAAUGUGGAAAGAGCUUCAGUGUGAGUAGUGCACUUAAUGUACAUCACAGAAUACACACGGGGAAGAAACCAUUGAGAUGUGAUGUGGCAUAGGCCGCCAUUAGAGCAAGGCCUGGCGCACUCGUCCGCCCAUGGAGCUGUUGUCACAUACUGCUGUUACCAAUAGAAGGCCUGACCUAACUGCCCCUGAGGAGUUAGGGUGUAGAUCUGCUCUAGUGAAGUGCUUCACUGACUAAACAACCUUAAAACAGGCUUUGGCUUCUUCAUGGAGUCUCCCACAAAACAGAAGCCAUUGUAAAUUCCACAACAGAUAUAUGUUGUGUGGAAAGCGUUUCAGUGAGAAUCGUCACCUUACUUUAUAUGAAAGAAUGCAGCCAGGGGAGAAACUGUAAAUGAAUGGAAUAUGGAAUGACCUUCAGUGUGGGCCUUACUCUACAUCUUUAAAGUAGAGGAGUGGUGGGAUUUCGGUGGACCAAUGUAGUAUUUAGCAAUGUUAAGUAUGUAGUUAAUUUUAAUCGUACAGGCUAUCAAAGAUUAAAGCCCUAUAUGGCUUUGGGCCAAGAUACCUCUUAUAUAUCCAACUAAUCACUGCAACUCCCUCCGUUACAUAUCAGAUAUCUGCUGUCUCGGUUUUCUUUUGGGCAUCAACUGAAGACCUUCCUUCCCCCCCCCCCCAAACCAACUUUUAAAUGGAGAUCUUUAUCCCUGUUUGUAUUUGUAUUGGAUUUUAAAAUACUUUUAAUCAUUUUGAUGUAUGAAAUGGUUUUGUUGGUGUUUUGGGGAAGCAAUUAAUAAAUGGAAAUUAAAAAGUAAUGCUAAUCCUAUGUA